AAGAAGAAUGAAGAAAGAGAAGAAGAAGAAAGAAAGAAAGAAAAAAAAAAAAGGUUGUUGGGCUGUCUUGAGUUCCUGUCGACGACUUUCUCUGAGUGGGAGCAGUCGCUACAACCACGAAGAUUAAUACACACCGAGUGGAAAGCAACUGAAACAGUCUGCUAUUCACAUUUCCCACCAGCCGAGGUUAACUUUGAACAAAAACAGCAGUCCUAAAUCUGUGAAAUCGACGCUGAAAUGGACCCCGCCAGUCAAGAUAUUAACCUGAACUCUCCAAACAAAGGCCUUGUUGCGGAUAAUUCAGACAGCUUGUCCGAUGUGCCGGUGGAGGGAGCGGUUGGCAAUGCAGCCAACCCUCUCCCACCGGGCCUGACAGAGGAAGAGGCUGAGGAACUCCGCACAGAGCUUACCAAGGUGGAGGAGGAGAUCAACACCUUGCGUCAGGUUCUGUCAGCCAAAGAAAGACACGCCACAGAGCUGAAGAGGAAACUCGGCCUUAGCCCGCUCAACGAACUCAAGCAAAACCUCACCAAGAGCUGGCAAGACGUACAGACCUCCAACGCCUAUUUGAGAACCACUGAGAAAUUGGGCGAGUGGAAUGAGAGAGUUUCCAGCUUGGUUCUAUACAAGAAGACUCAGGAGACUCUUUCCCAGGCGGGACAGAAGACUAGUGCAGCUCUCACCACAGUGGGCACGGUCAUCAGCAAGAGACUGGGCGACAUGAGAGCUCUACCUUUCUCUAAUUCCUUUAGUAGCAACUAUUCAAUUCGCCACUCAAUAAGUAUGCCUGCCAUGAGGAACUCUGCAACCUUCAAGUCCUUUGAGGAUAAAGUUGGGAACCUGAAGGUAGGCCUGUAGGGCUGCAGCCGUAGGCCUUGAUGUGACUCUUUCUGCCUCCAUUUCAUA